AUGUUAGAUAAAGUACCCAUUGCCCCAAAGCUGCUCACCAAAAUCAAAGAAAAACCCAAAUUUCAAUUUGAAAAUGAUCCAGGAUUUGUGAAAAUCGAUCAGGUCGAUGAAAAGGAAGAGGAUCGCAUUGCCAAAUGUUUUGAAGGGCGUUCACUAUUUAUAACUGGUGGUACCGGAUUUUUGGGUAAAGUGCUAGUCGAAAAACUAUUAAGGUCCUGUGGUGGUUUUAAAAAAAUCUAUCUAUUGGUAAGACCGAAAAAGGGCAAGACUCCUGAAGAGCGUCUUAAGGAUAUUUUGGAUAAUGUGCUCUUCGAUAAAGUUAAACAACAACAUAGCCUAGACUGGAUAUUUACUAAAAUCCAAUUGAUUGCUGGAGAUGUUAUGGAACCGCAGCUGGGCAUAUCCUCCGAAGAUAUAGAACUGCUAAGAAAUGAAGUAUCAAUUGUGGUGCACUGUGCGGCAACUGUGAGAUUCGAUGAACCCCUACGCAAGGCUGUCUUCCUGAAUGUUCGCGGAACAAAAUACUGUCUCGAUUUAGCCAGUACAUUUAAGAAUUUAUCAUUAUUUUGGUAUGUCUCGACCACCUAUUGUCAUGUGCACAUCAAACAUUUGUACGAGAAACCCUAUGAUCCGCCAGCAGAUCCCCACAGCAUGAUUAGCCUUUGCGAAAUGUUAAGCGAUCGGGAUAUGGCAGAUCUUGAAAAACGACUAAUGGGCGAUAUACCCAAUUCAUAUUCGUAUACCAAAGCCUUAGCUGAGUCUUUGGUGGUGGAGAGAUUUAAGACAAUGCCUGCGGGUAUUUUGCGUCCAUCAAUUGUAAUACCCGUAUGGCAGGAGCCACUACGUGGAUGGACAGAUAAUAUCAAUGGUCCAACGGGACUGCUAAUUGGCGCCGGCAAAGGUGUUAUACGCACCAUGUAUUGUAAAGAAAACGGUUAUGGAGAUUUUCUACCCGUCGAUGUGGCCGUCAAUGGUAUUCUCUUGGGUACAUGGCGGUAUUUAACAACGGAAUAUGAACCCGUCGAAAUGCCCAUCGUUAAUUUGUCCAGUUCCAAUGAAAUUAAAGUCUCGUGGAAAGAAAUUGUUGAAAUGGGUCGUUGGGUGGUGGAAAAUCGUGUGCCAUUAAAUGGCUGCGCCUGGUAUCCAGGUGGUUCGAUGAAAUCGAAUUUAGUACUGCAUUGGAUAGCUAUGGUGUUUUGCCAUUGGCUGCCGGCAAUACUUGUGGAUUUCCUGUUGGUCCUACUGCGAUAUCCUCCGGUUUUAAUACGUGUCCAAAAACGUGUUACCAAGGGUCUGGAUGUCAUCAGCUACUAUGCCAAUGGCCAAUGGAAUUUCGAUAAUACCAAUGCCGUUGAAGUCCGAAAGCUAAUGAAUAAUCGUGAACGUCGGACAUAUGUGGUGGAGAAAAUCGAAUUUGACAUGAUCGAUUAUUUCACCGAUUGUCUGAUGUGUGCUCGCCGUCUGAUUCUCAAGGAAACGGAUGAUACAAUCCCGGCAGCCAAGAGGCACAUGAAAAUCAUGUGGUGUGUGGAUAAAAUCUUUAAAUUCCUAUUCUUAUUCGGAAUAGCCUAUUAUCUGUAUCAAAGCUUCUUUGCCGAUUUUGUCGAAAAUCUAGUUGACAAUUAUAAAUCCUACAAUUCCACCAACAUCAAUGGUACCACUAAUCUUACAUCAUCGGAUUGGAAUCAAACCCAUAUUGGUAGCAUGCUAGAAGAUAUUAUGUCAUCAAAACUGGAAGUGGUUUGA